UUGAACGACCAUCCACUUCCUGCGGGGAGGCGGAAUUUUUGGCUCAGCGGAGUUUUGUUUGUCCUGAUUUAAUUUCUGGAGCUGAGACAUUUAUUAAAACACUUGUUUUAAGGAUUUAUUGAAUUCAUUUGCCGAGAUGGGCUGUGCUGGAUUCACCUGCUCCAAGCACUCCCUGUGCGCGCUCAACAUCCUCUAUGUUAUGGUAAGUCUGCUGAUGAUUGGUAUCGCAGCAUGGGGGAAGUGGUUUGGUCUGGUCUCCAGCUUCCAGCUUGUAGGAGGCGUAAUUGGUGUGGGGAUCUUCCUAUUCUUUGUGGCCCUGGCCGGCCUCAUCGGAGCCAUGAAGCAUCAUCAGGUCCUACUCUUCUUUUACAUGAUCAUCCUCUUUAUGGUGUUUAUUGUGCAGUUUUCUGUUUCCAGUGCCUGUUUGGCCAUCAACAGAGCACAACAGGAUCACCUGCUGGAGAUGGGCUGGAAUAACUCUCAGAGGGAUGUGGAGAAGAGCAUCAACUGCUGUGGCUUCAAACAGGUGGACCCCAACGGCACCUGUGACGCUGCCUGUUUCCCCAACCACUUCUGCUUGCCCUGUGCAGAUAAGAUCCAGGAACAUGCUGGAAAAGUUUUGCACUUUGUAGGAGGGAUCGGACUCUUUUUCAGUUUCACUGAGAUUCUGGGAGUGUGGCUCACGUAUCGCUACAGGAACCAGAAGGACCCCAGAGCAAAUCCGAGUGCUUUCCUGUGAGACAGCACCAGUUUAAGCCCCUAUGCACUGUCACCUCACCACCUCUAUGGACAUUGGGCUUUGACUGUAAAUAAAAGUGUGUUUCCACUGAUUGCUGCAGAGAUACUGUCAUAAUGAGAAGUGUAGGGCUGUAGUCAACCAAAGAAAAUCUUGGUUUCCUAAAAUUGUACCUUCUUUUCAACCAAUCAGUGGUCGCGGGGGGAAAAAAAAAAAAAUCUGCACGUAACCUCUAGAUUAAAUAAAAUCGGCCACAGUGCCCUGAGUGCACUCAACCUGGUGUGCUUAUUAGCCUAAAUGAAUUAUUUAUAAUUCAUUUAGUGUCUAAAUGAUUAUAUAAUAAACAUAAAAGGCUAGCAUUUUAAAUCAUUUUAAUCUAAUUAUUUUAUACUGAAAUUAUAACAGACUCAGAGCCAACCAGCAUGCACCUGCCCAUAUUAAUAUGAUUUCUAAAAAUAAAACUAUCAACUGGCAAGCCCACCACAAGAACUACUGAGGAAUAUACGCUCAAAGCCUCAAGCAUUAAACAGGAAAGUUUACAGAGCAUCCUAAUGCAGAAAAGUUAGCCUAACAUUUUUAGAUUAUAUGCAGUGUUUGUUGUUUAGCUAUGAUAUGCAAACUGCUGUUUGCUGUAGUUUUGUGCUGACGCCGAGUAAAUGUUCAUAAACAUUAAAAAAAAAGAACCUAGCAGUCUCCAUUAGGUCAGGCGAGUUCAAAGUUG